AUGCGGGCGUGGAGUAACCUGCUAGCGUCUGUGACGAUGGCGCCGUUUUUUCUGCUAUGUUUUGUCUGCUCUUGCGUUUGGCCCGCCGUAGCUACUGCGGGAAGCAUUCCCCUUGCUGUUGUGGGCAGUGUCAUCACUUCAGAGGAUGCGUACCGUUUUAUUGAGGUUCAAGCUGUCGACGGCGCCACAGGAGCUGUUGUGCGCUCCGUGCCACUGGAUGCAACGCUUACCUUUACUUUUCACGGUCUACCCCAAACUGUAAGUGAGGUGCGGCUCUUGCCGAGGCUGCCUGAGCGGCGGUUUCGUCUCGAUAGCAGUGCCUCUGUACUCACUGCGCCUUUGCGGACAAAAGAUGGGGAUGGGUGGCUCCACUUAUCCGCGAUUGUAGAGCAGCAAGAUGGUUCACAAGCAGGGGAUCAAUUACCUGGGAGUAUAAGUGCGGCAGUUAUGGCAGCGAUGAUUAUUGCCCUUGCGGUGAUUGGCCGAUAUCGAUUGUUGUCGCUGUUUCAGUUUCCGGCUCCAAAACCGCCGAAGUUGCGUCGUGUAGCUGUGGCAGUGAAUCGGUAA